GUUCACGAUGAAGACCUCCACGCUCUUCGUUGCUGCCGCCGUCUCCCUGCAGUUGCUGCUGUCCUUCCACCAGGCCGAAGGACUCUUCUUCACCAGUCUAGCCCUCCUGCCCUUCGGAGCUCUCGCCAGCCUCGGAGGACUCGCCGCGAUCAAGGUUGCCAUCGCCAUGAAGCUCCUGGGCCAUCUCGGCUGGUUUAAAGUGAGUCGCUACGGAGUAGGUCUUCGAGCUUCGAUCGACAACCAGAAGUUUCCGGAGCGGUUGGUGCCGGCGCCUCCCAAGUCCAAGGGUCUCUUCGAUGGCCCGAGCAUUAAGGUUCCCGUGAACAUCCUCCCUUACGUCCUCGGAGUUCCUUUCAAGAAGGCCACAACUUUCAAGCUGCCGGGGAAAGACUUCGUCCUGCGCGCCGACCAGUCUGCCAAGCUUGCUUCGAGUCACAGUUCUUAUACGUCCCAUGGCGCCGCGGGCAUCGAUGGAACCAAGUGGUCCUUUCUUCAGCACGCAGGAAAUCUGAAGACUCCCCUGGUGAACGUGGAUGACCGGAAGAAGGUUUCAUACAAGAGCAAGCGCAGUGCCCCUUCGGACCUGAAGAUCGUUGACCAAGCGUUCGCUCUGGUGCAUGAGCUGGACGCAGACGGCUGUGUCCUCCGACUCACGUGUGAAGUGAGUGCCAACCCCACUGACUACGGCAAGUACGGCGAGCGGGUGGACGGUUUCGUCAACUCCAUGGGACCCGUGAGCGAGUCGUCAUCCGUCUUCAACUACGCCAAGGCCUACCGCAAGGGCAAGUCCGCCGGGCAGGAUGCGUGCAGUUCUGAUUACUCGACCUGCAAGCUGGACCUCAAGGGACUCGCAGCCAUGAUUGACUCCUGA